GUGUUCUGUCUUAUACAAAUUAUCAAUUGGCAGUCUCCACCUCCUGUUGGAGGGUUCGGUGAAUUCGAACCUUUGGGAGGCGUGAGCUUUGCACUAGGUGGCAGCUUUAGUUCAGACCAGUCUUCGGUGAAACAAGGGAGCUUUAAAAAAAAACUUGCGUUCCCUUCUGCAUACUGAGUCCCUUUCAACUCGCUCGACUUUCAUCCAGUUUGGUGUCGGUUCGUCAGUUGCGUAAAUCAGUUUCAGCGUCGACUCUGCAACAACAGGAUGACUUCUGUCUUGGACAAGUGGCUGUGGCACCAUGAAUACUGGCUCCCGCCAGGCAUCACAUGGAAAGAUAUGGAAGAUUCUGAACAUGCCCGUUAUCCUCGACCUCGUGACCUUGUCGUUGCCAUACCAUAUGCAUUUGUGUUUAUUGUUCUCCGUUCCUUCUAUGAAAGGUGGAUUGCUGUACCUCUGAGCAAGCAAAUGGGCGUGAAGGAGAAAAUAAGACGAAAAGUACCUCCUAAGCCUGAUCUGGAGAAGGUUUAUACAACUCAGAGCACUUGUCCCAAAGAGAGUGAUCUUCUUGUUCUUGCCAAACAGUGUGGCAUUUCAAUGCAGGAGGUGAAGAUAUGGUUUCGGAACCGAAGAAAUCAGGACAGACCCAGCAUCAUACAGAAAUUUUGUGAGGCCAGUUGGAGGUUUGCAUUUUACCUGCUUGCAUUUAUCACUGGUCUUUGCGUGCUGCUUGACAAACCAUGGUUCUGGAAUCAACAGGAGUGCUGGAAAGGAUACCCUAAGCAAGUGUUGCUGCCCUCCCAGUAUUGGUAUUAUAUGAUAGAACUAGCUUUCUACUGGUCUCUGCUCUUAAGAGUCUCAUUGGAUAUAAAGAGGAAGGACUUCAAGGAACAGAUCAUACACCACAUUGCCACCAUCUUUCUUAUUGGUUUUUCCUACUGUGCAAACUACAUCCGGGUGGGAACCCUGGUAAUGCUGGUACAUGAUGCAUCUGAUUACAUAAUGGAAUGUGCAAAAAUGUUCAACUACGCAGGAUGGCGAAGGACCUGUGAUGUGCUGUUUGUGGUCUUUGCGUUGGUCUUUUUGACGACACGACUUGUCAUCUUUCCAAAUGUGGUAAUUUACACCACAUUCUACUACUCCAUGGAGAUUUUCCAGCCCUUCUUUGGUUAUUACUUUUUCAAUCUUCUCCUGAUGGUUCUGCAAGUACUGCACAUAUUUUGGGCCUAUCUCAUCCUAAGAAUGGCAGUCAAGUUUGUGUUUGUUGGAAAGGUUGAAAAGGAUGAAAGGAGUGAUGUUGAUGAAAGUGAUGGGACUGAAGAAGAAGAUGGAAGGAUGGAAUCAAAGUCUAUGUCAUCUGCCAAUCACAAUGGUGUACUAAGUAAAAUAACAAAUGGGAUGAAAAGCAAAUCAAAUGAAAGGAACAGGCUGCCCAAAGCCAGGUAGCUGGGGGAUAUGUAACUAAGGAUGGGUUUAGUGCUGCCUAUUACUAAAACACAAAUCUAUUAUCAAUGAUGCCAUCAACCAACUUCUCCUAUUAAGGAAUCUAGAUGGACUCUCAACUACAGAAAUGGCAAUUAAACACCAAUGGACCUAUGGCUCUUGGUGUUCUCGGUCAAAUCUCACAUGUCUUGAUGUGGAUAUGGGGUGGAUUGUUAAAUGCAGAAUAUUAUUGUUUUACACAUUACCUUCAUGCUAUUGAAGAAUCUGAGACAGAAUUUGGGUAAUUGUCUUUUGAUAUUGAAAUAUAAUAUUGACUUUAAACAAAAUGGAUUUGGAACUACCUGUAGAACUGUCCAGUUUUCUCUGCUCCCAUGUAUUAUCAUCAGUUCUCUAGGACUUAGUGAACACUAGUUGGUGCCCACAGUCAUUCUGAGUUGAUUCUUCAAAGCCCAAAGUGACAUAAACCACAAGCCCACAUGGCUGAUGUAAGGAACAUCUUGGGAGAAUACAGACAGCAAUCCAGAUCCCAGUGCAAACUGAUCUUUUUGUGUUUAGUGCUUAACAGUUUGUAAUAUUUAAUGUUGCAUUUUGUUUCUAUUUGGAGGCAGGAUUGUGUGUUUUUUUUGGGAUGUGAUUGUGUUUUGUCUUCAACAGAUUACAAAUUCUGGGAGUAUUGUGGGCACAGUAUCAAACUGGAUUUAAGUCCAACUUCUGAUUUAAUGCAUAUUUUAUUAUGUGUUUUGAUUAGUUUGCUAUGAAGAAACUUCUCCACAUGAUGAUCCAAGUGCUGCAAUUUAUUUUCUCACUAGGGUGAGUUUUUUUAUUACAACAUUUGAAUGGAAAAGGGAUGUACUUCAAAGGCUUGAAUUCUUGUAGCUCCACCUCUACCCUGUUCUUCCACUAUUGGAAAUGGUUUGUAACUAUUCUAUAACAUUUAUUUACCACUAGGAGCACUUCCAGUUCACCCUGGGUACAAUGACAUUUGUAGUGAUGUUUACUUUUUCUAUAGGUUUUAACCCAACAAAUAGUUAUUAUUGGAAUCCAGAUUUCUGUGGGGUUUGCUGUUUUAAAACUGCAGUGAUGUUAGAUUAUCCAAAAUUCAAUAGAGGCAGCAACAAUAACUGCUCCUGUUGGUGAAAAGAUGCAAUUACUCAAGGCUUCCAGAUUAAAGAGAUGAACAACAGGAUUCUUGGGUUUACCUCCCAAGUUUAAAUAGUCUAAUCUGAGAGUUUUCAGUGGAAAAAUUAUCUUCAAAUUGUGAAAUACUUGGCAUAUCCAGAUGUUUGUGUAUAAGUGAGUAAUGCUCAGGUGUCCAAUAGGCCUAGAGGGUAAAGCAUUCAGUGUUGACUUUGACCAAUUUUAUCAAAUUCUUGAGUACAGUCUGAAUUUUGAAGGGUGGAAAACCUGCUUUUUACAGGAGUUUUUUGCAAUUUGUAAAUUGUAGGGUCUGGGACCACACAAGACACAACAAAAACAACUCGACUAAUCCAACAGAGUUUGUCAUUUUAAGUUGCUAAUGCACCUUUGGACAUAUUAAGACUGAGUGACUUUGUUGUACAGAUGACAGUCUUAGCUGUACUAACUAAAUGUACAUGUCUGUCCGUGAAUGCACAUCUUUGACUAAGUAUCCAAACUGAUCACAUACUGAGUGCCUGAUUCUGCUCCAUUUAAUUUAAAGUUUAAUGAAGGUUUUGAAAUAAUGGAAGUUCUGAAUAAAUUAAUUAUUUUUAAGAUUUUAUUUUGUAUCUGUGGCUUCAACAUUAAAUUUGAAUUCAGAGGCUGCC